UCUCAUGGUUCCUAGUUGGAUUCAUUUUCCGCUGCACCAUGGCGGGAACUCCUGUUUGGUCCUUUUUUAAGGACUUUUUCCCAAGUGUCUCCUGUGCGGGCCCCCAACUUCCUGGGAAGUGUGGGGAGAGGCAAGGAGCUAUAAUUGCUGGUCCCCCGCCACAGGUGACCAAGUAUUUAAGACUCUGGCCUCGGUGGAGCCCAGUGACAGGCAAGCUGGAGGUGGCCUCUUGGAGUUCCUCACUGUGGCCUCCAGAGAAGCUGGGAGGAUGAGAUGGCGCUGGGGUCCCCGCCGAGAGGGCCAUGGGCAGGGGGCUUCGGGGUGGCCCUCUGGGACCCCUGGGAGGUGAGAGUGAGAGAAGGCAGGAGAAAGCGCCUGGCAGGAGGGGACGCCCUGCAGGCAUGGGGACGCCCGAGGCCACCUGCGAGGUGUAACCGGACCCCUCUGAGUUGCCGGACUCAGACACGGGGCGUCUGCGGUCCUAACCCCGGCCUGAUCCUCCACCUCCCAGGGCCCCGUCCCAGCCCCUUUACAUAAGGCUCUGCAGGCUGAGCCUCCGGUCAGGUCCGUGGCCAUGGCCUUCACAGACCUGCUGGACGCCCUGGGUGGCGUGGGUCGCUUCCAGCUGGUCUACACUGCCCUGCUGCUGCUGCCCUGCUGCCUGCUGGCCUGCCACAACUUCCUGCAAAACUUCACGGCCGCCGUGCCCCGCCACCACUGCCAAAGUCCCGCCAACCACACGGUGGCCACCGACAAUGACUCAGGGGCCUGGCUGAGGGCCACGGUACCCCUGGACCGGCUUGGGGCCCCCGAGCCGUGCCGGCGCUUCACAAAGCCUCAGUGGGCACUUCUGAGCCCCAACGCCUCUGUCCACGGGGCGGCCACGGAGGGCUGCCACGACGGCUGGGUCUACGACCGCAGCGUUUUCCCAUCCACCAUUGUGACGGAGUGGGAUCUGGUGUGCGAGGCCCGCACCCUCCGCGACCUGGCUCAGUCCAUCUACAUGACCGGGGUGCUGGUGGGCGCUGCUGUGUUUGGCAGCCUUGCGGACAGGCUGGGCCGCAAGGCCCCCCUGGUCUGGUCCUACCUGCAGCUGGCAGUUUCGGGGGCGGCCACGGCGUACUUCGGCUCCUUCGGUGCCUACUGCGUCUUCCGGUUCCUGAUGGGCAUGACCUUCUCAGGCAUCAUCCUAAACUCCCUCUCUCUGGUCGUGGAGUGGAUGCCCACGCGGGGCCGGACCGUGGCGGGGGUCUUGCUGGGGUACGCCUUCACCUUGGGUCAGCUCAUCCUGGCCGGAGUGGCGUACCUGAUCCGCCCCUGGCGGUGGCUGCAGUUUGCUGUCUCUGCUCCUUUCCUCAUCUUUUUCCUCUACUCUUGGUGGCUACCAGAGUCAUCCCGGUGGCUCCUCCUUCACGGGAAGUCCCAGCUGGCUCUGCAGAACCUGCGGAAGGUGGCUGCAAUGAAUGGGAGACAGGAGGAAGGAGAAAGGCUGACCGAGGAGGUGGUGAGCGCCUACAUCCAGAGUGAGUUUGCCAGUGUUCGCACCUCCAGCUCGGUCUUGGACCUCUUCCGAACCCCGGCCAUCCGUAAGGUCACAUGCUGUCUCAUGGUGGUGUGGUUCUCCAACUCCCUGGCUUACUACGGGCUGGCCAUGGACCUGCAGAAAUUUGGGCUCAGCGUGUACCUGGUGCAGGUCCUGUUCGGGAUGAUAGACGUCCCGGCCAUGCUGGUGGCCACCACCACCAUGAUUCACGUGGGCCGCCGGGCCACCGUGGCCUCCUUCCUCAUCCUGGCCGGGCUUAUGGUGAUCGGGAACAUGUUUGUCCCAGAAGAUAUGCAGAUGCUGAGAACGGCCCAGGCGGCACUGGGCAAAGGCUGCCUGGCCAGCUCCUUCAUCUGCGUGUACCUGUUCACAGGAGAGCUGUACCCCACGGAGAUCAGGCAGAUGGGGAUGGGCUUCGCCUCAGUCAAUGCCCGACUCGGGGGCCUGGCGGCGCCCCUGGUUACCAUGCUGGGGGAGUUCAGUGCUGUCCUGCCACCCAUGGGCUUUGGGGCCACCUCGAUCCUGGCCGGGCUGGCCGUCUGCUUUCUGGCUGAGACGCGCAACCUGCCCCUGCUGGAGACCAUCGAGGCGAUGGAGAGGAGAGUCAAAGGGGGCCUUUCCGGGAAAGAUGCAGAAGAGAAGGGUGAAGAAAUUUCUCUUCAGCAGCUGGGGGUUUCUCCCCUCAGAGAAACCAUCUAAGCUGCCAACAGCCUGGCACUUGCCCGCACCACCUCUCCCGGUGUCCAGCUUCUCCUGACGCUGACGGGGGCAGGACGGGGCGAGGACUGCCGUGGCUCUGCAAACCCGGGAGAGGGAGCCGCCCACACCAGGGCUGGGGCUGCUGGAGAGGACCGGCCAGCGGCAGCCAGCGGGCUUUACGGCGCCCGGGGACCGAAGGAAGCGCUGUCUUCUUUUCCCAUCCCCGAAUCUCCUCCUUCACACCUCUCUGUUCAUUCCUGUCCACGUGAAGAUGCUGUGUCUGUGCAGGGUUAGUGUGCCACUUCCACCCCCUGGUUGUCCCUGGAACAGCCCCCGCCUGCUUGGCUCCAGGAACGUCCAGAACUCAUUGUGCUCAUGCGAUUGAUAUUAACUCCUUCCUGCCUCAUGUGAUUAAAGCUCUUCCUGGUGUGUAACUUACAUCCUCCACGGACACAUGUCUCCAGGGCAGUGGGCCUCUCGGGUGGUACAUGCUCAAUAGGCA